UGUUAUAAAUAAAAUAUUUAUAACAUUCAACCAGUAGCACGUGUGAAAAUAUUAUUUAAUUUAGUUUUAUUCAGUAAAAAAUUAAUACACUGCGAAUAAGAAAAUAUCGCAAUGUCGGAGUUAAAUGCGCAUCAAUUCAGUGAUGCUGAAGAGGACGAGGAAAUUCCAUAUAAGAAUAACUUAGUUAAUAACUUCAACAAGCUAACAGUGAAGCAUGUUAUGUUUAAGGACAUAAAGGAUGACAACAGCGAAAAGGACGAUUUCACGGAAAUAAUAGACAAUGAAAAUACGGAAGAUCAAGACGACGAAGAAGAUUAUGAGUACAGUGAAGGCAGUGAUGACGCUUAUGAUUACGAGGAAUCAUAUACGGGUUAUCAAAAACACAAUGGACAAACUGCACAAAUUUCACUCAAUCACUCUGGACACACUAGUACUACUAGUGGAACGCAGUCGAAUCGUUUGAACAGUUAUCAACCUAACGAAAAAAUAUUACGCCGUUAUUCUGCACGAAUUAAUGUGGAAAAAUAUGAUCCCAAUGCUAUUAUGAGUGCACAAGCUGCCAAUCGUUUGGUGACAUUCGAUCGUCGGCAAGAAGCUGAACGUGUACGCGCACGUGAUAAACAUGAUCGUGCUACUGCCGAACAAGUGAUGGAUCCACGUACACGCAUGAUACUUUUCAAAUUGUUAAAUCGUGGUUUCAUACAAGAGAUAAACGGUUGUAUUUCUACUGGCAAAGAAGCGAAUGUCUAUCAUGCUGUCUCAAAAGACAAUAAUGAAUACGCUAUAAAAAUCUACAAAACUUCCAUAUUGGUAUUUAAAGAUCGUGAUAAGUAUGUAUCUGGAGAAUUUCGUUUCCGUCAUGGCUAUUGUCGUCAUAAUCCACGUAAAAUGGUACGCACUUGGGCAGAGAAGGAGAUGCGCAACUAUGUACGCAUGCAUAAUUUCGGUGUGCCUGUGCCCGAACCUAUAGUUCUGCGUUCACACGUACUGGUAAUGAGAUUUUGCGGUAAAGAUGGUUGGCCAUCACCUAAAUUGAAAGAUGUGGAGUUGUCUGCAUCUAAAGCGCGUGAACUGUAUCGAGAAUGUGUUGUGCUUAUGUGGCGCAUUUAUAACAAAUGUAAAUUAGUGCAUGCAGAUUUAUCCGAAUUUAAUAUUCUAUUACAAGAUGACCAGCUGAUUAUAAUCGAUGUGAGUCAAUCGGUUGAACAUGAUCAUCCACAUGCAUUUGAUUUCUUGCGUAAGGAUUGUGCAAAUAUAUCGGACUUCUUCCGUAAGCGCUCUGUAGCCACAAUGACGGUAAAGGAGUUAUUUGACUUUAUAACAGAUCAGUCAAUUACGGAAGAAAAUAUGGAAGUUUGCUUAGAGCGUAUAUCUGAAGAGAUCAAAGAUCGUGAUUUUGAGGCAAUCACGGCGCAAGAAAAAAUCGAUGAAGCAGUAUGGCAGAAUACUUACAUACCAAAGAGAUUGGAUGAGGUGCGCCACUUUGAACGUGAUGUAGAUAAAGCGAAGAAAGGUGUCAAGCAAAAUCUCAUUUAUGGCAAAAUUACUGGUUUGAAUGGCGAACUGAAUGUUCAACAAAAACCAGAUAUCCUUAGUAAAACUGACGAAACUGCUAAAAAGAAGAAUUCACAAGAGAACAAAGAAAAUAUUUCAAAUGCCACAGGAAACACAGAUAAAACAAGCGGCUCCAGUGAAGAAGAUGAUGAUGAAGAUGAAGAAGCAGAUUCCGAGGAAGAAGGUGGUACUGGUUUUGUGAAUUCAGCACGUCCACGCGAUGAGUCGCCUGAUAGUAAAAAAGCGCGUAAGAAGGCUGUUAAAGAGGCGAAAGCGGAAAAGCGCAAAGUCAAAGUGAAAAAGCAUGUGAAGAAACGAAAAGAAAAAGUGGCGACCACGCGCAAAUAGGAAUAAGCAACCAUAUACUCUUUAUAAUUUUUUUUUUGUUUCUUUUAAACUUUAAUUGUAUGUUAAUAUUAAAUAUAAACAAAUUUAUCGCAUGUAAUUAACACAAAAUGUAUGACGUACAUAUAGCUUUUUUGUAUGUAAUACACGCUGUUUUAUGCGGAUCAUUGUGUAAAAACCAGCUAAAAAGCAAAAUAAAUUGGAAAGUUUAUUUUAAUAUAAAA